UACGGAGCGGAGGUGCGCCUGCUGUGCCGGAGGCUGAUGAGGGCGCUGUCGGCUGGGCUUGGACUGCAAGAGGGCUGCCUUGCAGCGGCGUUCGGCGGAGAGGAGGAUGAAGAGGGAGCAUGCAUGCGCAUCAACUUCUACCCCAAGUGCCCGCAGCCGGAGCUGGCCCUCGGCUUGUCGCUGCACUCCGAUCCCGGCGGCCUCACGGUGCUCUUCCCCGACCACCAUGCCAAGGGACUUCAAGUCCGCCGCCCCGGAGACGGCACCUGGGUCACCGUCCGCCCGCUCCCCGACGCCUUCGUCGUCAACGUCGCCGACCAGAUCCAAAUAUUGAGCAAUGCGCGAUACAAGAGUGUGGAGCACAGGGUGGCGGUGAACGCCGAGAAAGAGCGCAUGUCGGCAGCCUACUUCUACAACCCCAGGAGCGACGUGGCCGUCGAGCCGCUGCCGGAGGUCGUGGAGGCCAGUGGCGGGGCGGCGCUCUAUCGGCCGAUGACCUUCGAUGAGUACCGGCUGUACAUUCGGCAGAAGGGGCCACAGGGCAAGUCCCAACUAAGUGAACUCUAUCAAGACUAAGUUCAUAUUAAUUACAGCAACAGACUAAGUUCAUAUUAAUUCAGCAAUUGACCUAGGGCAGUGAAAAUUUUAAAAGACCUACCUUAUUUUCUAAUUUUCCAAAUAAUAUAAUU